CAUAUGCAAAUGCAAGUUGAAACUACGUCAUCGGUAGUUGCGCAUGCGUGUCCGCUAUCGCGAGCCAGACAGAAGCGUGAUCAGUCGGCGAGUCGGUCAACUGGUUUACCGCGUCUCGAUCUCUCGCGCGAUCAAUUUGCUACGCCGAUUUCUCGAGAAGAGACUGCGCGCUCGAGGAGCCGAACAAGCCACUAGCUCUGCCGUCCAUCCACAACCGAUUGGCAUCGUCGUCUGGAUAUAGUAUCGCAUAGAUAGACGGCACACCGUGGUUUAUCGUUCCGAUUGAAAUAGCUGCGGACGAAAUUCAUCGGACAUGACGAACAUUAGCGCAGUGUCCGCUCCUCGGAAUCCGACUACCAUGUCGCAGGCCAAUUUUUCUCGCUUGGGAAACGACAUCGAAGAUGUAACUGAGAAAAUCGGAUGUCUUCAGCUUGCGCGCGAUUGCCAACCGAGCAGUCGAACGUUGCUCAACGAUACGAGGGAUCGUAACCAUGACCUGGACAAUAAUAACACCUACGGGCACAACGACGACGACGAGGACGAGGACGAGGACGAGGAUGAGGACGAGGACGAGGACGAGGACGAGGAUGAGGAUGAGGACGAGGACGACGACGACGACGACGACGACGACGACGACGACGAGGACAACAGCGACGAGGAUAGUCUCGUUGAACGAGGUCCGUUAAAAUCGCAAUAUUUCCCGACGAUUCGAAACCAACCUUAUUGGACAAGCGUCGGACAGCAUCCUCGGUAUGUGCAUACAGACGAGAAUUUCCCGAUCGAUUACGACACAACUGUGAAAGAGAUUCUGCGGGACAAAGAGUACAGUGAGAAAUUGAAUCCGUGUCUGGACCAACUGCAACACUUGCAGAGAACGAAUUGGAACUACUGCAACAAGAACGACAAGAAUCCUGCAGAUAUAACAGAGUUUCCAUUUACACCGGCGAUCGGUGGAAACGAUUCGAACGACGAACUAUUGGAGAACGUGAUGCGCGGUGCUUUUCAAUUAGCUCAACACACCAUGGAGAGCAGCUUUUUUCCGUCGAUGAUCACCACGGAGGUUUGUUUCCACGACCAACUUUCCGUUGCUGACUCGAAUAAAAUUCCUUGCGAAAGUCGCAUUCACCCCUCUGCUUCGACUAUUCCCACAGAACUCGGCCACAGUCCAGUCGGUUCUCCUCCGGUGAGCACCGCUGCUACAACCUACAGACCGGUCCAAAAUCUCUCGUACUCUUCCAACUCCUCUUUCUCCUCCUCUUCCUCCUCUUCCAAUCAAUCGUACACCGACCCGCCAAGUCCGAAUAGUUGGCAGACACCGAUCAGUUCGCGAUUCGACGACUCUGUCGCGUGUAACGAGAUCGAUAAUAAUGAUUCGUGGUCGAAGGUGAUCGAAGAAGUUGUCAAGGUGGGAGAUACGCAGAAGAAUGCUGCGAAUCCGCUCGCCACAACCACCUUUCAUCGUCUGGACGAACUGGAACGGUCCGUUGAUUCGACGAAGGAAUGCUCCAACAUCUGUCUGAACAGCGAGGAUGUCGCGUUUGCGAUCGCGGACGCUUUGCCUUGGACGAACUUGCCGUAUUCGGUGGAAAACGAUGGUUCCGAGAAAGAGAUCCGGCAUGUCGAAAUGGGGCCGAAUCUGAAUGGAGCCGAUUACGUUGUACACGUUGAAUCUUUGCUUCCCACUUAUCCAAAGGGCAACGACGUAGAGGAAGUUGGCGACGGCGACGGCGAUAUCUCUUCGUGGGUUAGUUCCUUCGACAUAAACGUUUCGCCUUCCGAGGACGUUGGUCGUACGGCUAACGCCAGCCUAACUUUCGAUCACGAUUUUAAAACGAAAAGGCCGUUGGCCGAUACGAAAGACGACUUUGAAAUACCAAAAAUGGUUGCUUCGUUCGAGUCUUGUCCAACUCGACGACGACGUUGCAAUUCCGAUCGGAGAGCAAAGCCCUGGCCGUCGUUGAAUCUCCCGUUCGUAAUGGCGAGCGAGAGGUUGAAGGAAAGAUUGAGUUCGGAAGAGGUGGAAAAGGCUAUGAUAAGUUUGCUGAAACGAUCGGAGAGGGAACUGGCGAAGCAGGACAAGGACGGGGACACAAUGCUGAUGUGUUUGGUCAGCAACUUGGACGAGCUUAACCAGAAGAUGGCCUACUUGGUGCCGCUGGUCGAACGUUUGAGCACGAUUACCGGAGCUCUGAACGUUACGAACGAUCGCGGCGAGGACGCCCUUUACCUCGCCGCUCUCAAUUGUCCACGAUUUCCUUACGUCGCGGGAUAUCUAGCCGCGACGAUGUUACAGAAAGAAAUCGACAUCAGCCAACGGUUGUACCAUACUCGGGGUGAAACGCUGAUACACGCGAUCGCCGCACAGGGAGACUCUCACGCGGAGACCCUGGCUGAAUUGUUGGCCUUACGAACGAAUCAAGGACACGCGGUGUUUGAUCUGUCGAAACGUAAUUACGACGGAAGAACGGCUCUUCACGUCGGGGUAGAAUCGCACCAGCCGUUAACCAGUGGAAUCACGUCGGUGGACACCGUGAAAUGGCUGUUAAAGUACGGCGCGGAUCCUAGAUGCAAGGAAACGAAAUGCGGCGGUACCGCGUUACACGUAGCAGUCUCGUGCAGUUGCGAUCCGGCCCUCGUGAAGAUACUACUGGUCGAUCGUGGUUCCAAUUUGGUGAACACCACCAACUACAAUCACGAUACAGCGCUACACGUGGCAGCGGCAAUGUCGGACAGCGUUUCUUUGGGAAAACAAAGGGAAGUGUGCGCGCUGUUGAUUCAGGCCGGAGCUCGCGCCAAUUUGCUCAACUGUCAAGGAAAAUCACCGUUGGCCCUUGUCUCGCCGAAACGGAAGGAGGCAAUCAGGAAGAUUUUUUACAAAAUAUCCUGAUUCGGUCAGUGUCGAAACUUGUUCCACUCAUUU